AUGUUAGCCACAUUGAUGAAUGAAUUAAUGGUAACUUAAAAUAGAGAAAUACAUACAGAAAUGAUUGAAAUACUAUUCUAAGCUUUAUAAGACUUUCUAAUACAUGUAUCAUAUAUCGAUAGUCAAAAUUCUUAAAAGCAAAUCUACUACAAGAAUACGAUUAAUUUAAGAGGUGGAGGAUGCGGAUAAUCAAAAGUAGAUUGUGUGAUUGAUAAGAAAGUAAAGGCAGACUAAAAUUUAAUGAUUUCAUCAUCGUUACCUGACAACUAUAGAACAAAUCUGAGUGACACCCUUACCAUAAUAGUAGAAGGAGCUAAAUUUAUAGGAGACCCUACCAAAAGAAAUGAAUUAUUAAUGAAAGUGUAAUGGUUUAUUCAUAACAGAGAACAUUUGAAUUAUUUUUGUAUAGAUCAAAAAGAAACUGACAAAAUUUAUGAGUUAGUUUAAGAAAAUUUUGAUAAUAUUUUGACAGUGCUUGCAACUUACCUAAGAAUUUCUGGAUUUAUUUGCUAUUAAAUUUUAUAAAUUUGUAAUGAAUUAUUAAGGAUUAUGUAUGCAUUCUAAUUAAACAAUCCUAAAAGAUAUUUUGAAGCUUCAGUAUAAUAGGAUUACUUAUAGAAGUUAUCAGAAUUCAACACUCAAUUAGAAAUUGAAUAAGCAAAUGUUUGGAAGACCGGGAUCGAAUUUGAAGUAACAAUAAUGAAAAUUAUGAUAAUGAACUCAUAAACUAAUUCAACUGAAGGAACUGAUUUAUUAAUUGACUUUUUUAAGGAAGCAGGUAAAUCAAUUGUGUCCUUCUCUCCAACAGAAGAUCUACUUUCCACUAUCGUUAAUGGAGGUCGAUAUCUUUUAAAUAAAGGAAUUGAAUAAACUAUGUACCCUAAAGAAACCUAUUAAACAUAUUACUUAUUUUAAUUAAUAAAAUGGUCAAUAAUAAGACAAUUAAAAUCAAAGUAAUCAGUCUACAAAUAAAUAUAAUAACUAAAAGAUGUUUUUUAAUAAUAUAUACUAACUUCUAAUAAUUGGAUCUUGCAUUUUUGUUGGAUUUAAAUGAUUUUUGAUAUAAUUGCUUAUCGGCCUAUUAUCGAUAAGUCUAUUAUUUUGAAAAAGCAAAAAAAUUAAUCAUUAAAUAAAUGGAAUCUUCUUAUUGAAAACGAUUUAAUACAUUGUGUUUCUUACGAUAAGAAUCAAGCUAUUAUAACAUUCUUUUAAAAUUAAUCUAGUUAAGUUCAUGACUUCGAAGCAACAGAUUUAUUGGAGUUAUAUGGGAAGAAAAAGUUUUUAUUAUUUUCUUAAUUUCUAUUGAAAGGAGAACUUACUCAUAAUAUUAAUCAUUGGGAGUUUUAUAAAAAUUUUUAGUUCAAAAACUAAAGUAAGAAAUCAUAAUAAGACUAUGAAAUCAUAUUAGCAAAUUAUGAAUAAGAGGUACUUUAAAAAUUAUUUAAUAAUCUGAAGUCUUAAAAGGAUGAAUUAAUCUCAGUAAAUCAACAAAUAAUACAAUCCUUUCAAAACUAUUUUAAAUAGGACUCUUAUAUUUCAAUUUAAAUCAUUUAGGAUGAUUAAAAAGUAUCUUUAAAAUAAUUUUUAGAAAUCUAUAAAAAAUUGAUUCUAUUAUCAAAUUAUAUUCUUGAAUUAUCAUUAUUUGAAGCUGCUAAAAUAAAUAUGCUUACCCCUUAUCUAAAUUAAAUCACAAUUUAAAAAAAUAAAUCUGUUUUAUUAGAUUAUUAAGCAAAAAUUAAUGAUUUUGUGAAAAUUUAUUUAAUUGAAUUUAUUGACUAAUUAUUAAAUUUAUUCUUUAAUGUCAUUGAAUUUGCAAGUUAAAUAUAUGAAGCAAGCUUAUUUUUAGCAAUGAAAAAUGAAGUAGAUUUGGAUAAAAUAAUGAACUUAUUUGAAAUUAAUUAUUUUUAAGAUUUCUUUUUCACUUUUGAUAAAAACUUUGUGCAAUUUACUUUGAGCUUGAACUUCUUUAAACAACAUUUUUCUAAAUAUCUUUCAAAAGAAGAGAAAAUUGAAAAAGCCAUACCAUUAUAAGUUACCAAUAUUUGGGAAAUAAUUGAAUACAAUUGCAAAGGAUAAUGGAUCAAUAAAGUAAUUGGAAGACUAAAAAAUGUUUUCGAUUCAAAAUUUAACUUAUUCAAUCAACAAUUCAUUACUCUAGAAAAUGCCUAAUAAGUUUUCAUUAACUGCAAAUUCUGUAUAAUAAUUUUAUCAUUCUUAAAGUAAUUCUUAAAUGUACAAAAACAUUAUUUAAAGAGCAUAAGGUCCUAACUUUAAGAUUUCACCAGGCAAUCUGAAUCAUCAAAUGAAUAGGAAGACUAAAAUUUUAAAACCAAUAUUGCUUAGAUUUUGGUGUAAUAAAAAUCAAAAUUAUCAACAUUUGUCAAUGCAAACACUGAAGAAGGUGAGGAUUAAAAUUUUAAAGUAAGUUGUAAAAAUUUGGUGGCUUAAAUUUAAGCUGAUUUUGACUAAAUUAUAAAUGAAUUCUAAAGUUAACAAAAUUUAGAAUUAUGCGAUUAAAUAUUAAAAUUUUUGGCAGAAGCAUAAUUUCUUAUCCUUUAAGUUUAAAAAGAUCCUGAAGAACUAUCGACUUUAGAAAAUCUUUAAACAAAGUAUGAUCAAGUUUUAGAUGCUGUCAAUAAUUUUAAUAAUAAUAAUAAUGAAAAAAAAUUGGAAGUCUAUGAGUAGAGAGAUGAAUCUCUAUAAUUUUUUGCCUAAAUAAAUAAUCACAACGAAUAGAUGUUAACACUUAUUAAGCAAAGUAAUAAUUAUUUUAAAUCUUAUAAAAAAUUAUUAUAACUUGGACUAAGCUUAAUUCAUCAAUAGAAACAAAUUUAGAAACAGAAACAAACAAAAAUCCAAUAAAUCAUAUUAUAAGAGCAAUCAAAUGAGGAGUAAAAUAAACUGAAAGAUCAACUUGUUCAAUUAUAAAAUUAAGAAUAACAAAACAUUAAUGCAUCAAUAAAUAAUCUAAAGGAAAAGAGCGAAAAGUUUUUUAACUUAAAAGUUAUAUCAUAAAUUAAUUAAUUGAAUGCUAAAUUUUCAAUUGAAAAUCAAUAAAUUGAAUGGCGAUUAAUCGUGAAUCUAAAAUUAUCUGAGUUUUUGGCAUUUUUCAAUUUGAAAUCCAAUUAAGAAUACUCAAAAGGGUUAAAACCUGAUGAAGUAAAUGCUUGUAUAUGGCAAGAGAUGAAAAAUACAUAUGAUGAAAUCAAGGAAAAGAUAUUUGAUUCAAUUAAAUUUAAUCUUGACAAUAAGGUCAGAGAGGGGUUAGUAUACAAUUUAAUAAGACUAUAAUAAAGCAUUCAAGAAUAAUAGAUAAGCUCGUUCUCAACUAAAUAGAUAUAGCAUAUGUGGGUAUUUGAAAAAGACUAAAAAGUUAGAAAUUUAUUGAAAAACAAAGAACUAGUUUAAAUUUAAAAAUAAUUAUUUUCAUAAGACUUAGAUAAUUUAUCAGGUUCUUUGAAAGAUGAAUUGAAAGAAAGAAUGUAAAAGCUUGAAAACCUACAACAGUAAAUUAAACUUGAAGGAAAUUCUUAAAAAAGAGAAAAACUUCAAUUAAAAUUAAAAUAAUAAUAUGAAGAGCUAGACGAAUCUUUAGAUAACAUUUCAGAAUUAUCUGAUGCUAUGGAUAUUAGUUUAUUAUUUUUAAAGGAUAUAUCAAAAGAUGUGAAGUAAAUAAAAAAUUAAAUUGAUAAUUUAUAAGAGAGUUUAAAUUAAGUUGGGGAUGAUAUUCGAAAAUUAAGAGGAAAAAGAUAUGAUGAAUUAUUAGAAAUAAGAAAAUAAAAGAUAUUAUUAUAAUCUAGAUUAGCAGAAGUAGAUUCUGUAUAUGUUUAAUUGAAAACCAUUGAAUAUGAUCCUGUUACUGGGGAAAUUAUUAAAUCCAAAGAUGGAAUAACAAUAACCAAUUUAAUGAGUGAAUAAUGGAAUGAUUUCACAGGUGAAGUCAAUGAAUUUAUUUGGGAUGAAUCUAAAUCAAAUGAUGUUAUGUUACUUUCAGGAAAUGCUGGUUCUGGUAAAAGUAAAGCAGCUAGAAAAAUUGAAGAAUUUCUAUGGAAAUAAAGAGAAAUUAAUUCGAAAUGGAUUCCAAUCUUUGUAUCACUUCCAACUUUAAAAAAUCCAAAAUAUAAUUUAUUUGAAUAAGCAUUAGAAUCUGAUAAUUAUUAAUUUGAUAAAUAUUAACUUAGAGAAUUUAAAGAUGCGAUUUAAAAUAAAAAAGAAUUUAUCAUUUUAAUACUUGAUAGUUAUGAUGAAAUGAAAUAAGAUUGUAUCUAAUAAAAUCUAAUUAUGACAAAUAAAUUGAUUUAAGAAUUAAAUAUUGAUAAAGUAAAUAGGUAAAUGAAAGUAAUAAUCACAACAAGAAAAGAAAUACUGAAUGUCUCGGGAUAUUAAACAUGGUUUUACGGAGAAAGUCUAAUAAAGUUGAAGGAAGUUUAGUUAUAAAAUUUUAAUGAGUAGCAACAAAUGGAAUAUCUAAAUUAAUAUGUUGAAUUGAGUGUUAAAAGGAAAAUAAAAGAAGUUUAUGAGUUUGUAAAAUCAAUUUCUGGAUAGUCCUUUGAUUUGAAAGAGUUUCUAACUAUUUGGGGUUUGAUUUCUUAAUAAGUGAUUGUUUGCAUUAAUAAAUCUUUUUCUAGAAAUUAAGAUAGAAUAUUUCAAAAUAAGGAAGAAGAUGUAGUUAUUGAUAGGCUAAAAACUCAUAAAAGCUUAGAAAUUUUGAAAGAAGAAUAAACAACAGGAUUACGAAAAGAAUUAUUAGCUUUAUGGAGUGCUAAUAAAUUUAGAACAGCUAUUGAAAGUAUCAAGAUCCAAGAUUUAUUGACUACUCCAUUUAUGCUAGAAAUUAUUGUUUAGGUUUUGCCUAAUAUGGCAAAAAGAUAUUCAGGGUCUACUUAGAUAAAAGAUAUUUUUAUUAAAAAUUUUAUGAAUUUAUAAAAAUAAAUAAAACUGUCAUAAAAUGCACAAGAAUUUUAUAGAAAAGAGAAUUAACCUUCUGUUGGAAAUGAACAAAAAGACAUAUCAAAACUUGAUGAUGAAUAAACUUCUGAAAAGGAGAAAGAUGAAGAGCUUGAAUUAAAAAUUUAGAGAGCAAAAGUAGAUGAAAUUGUUGAUAAAUUAGAAAAUCAGAAGUUUUUUCAAAACUACUCAAUAGUUAGCACAUUACAUCGUGAUGCAGAUAAUAUUGUUUUUGAUGGUAAUACAGUAAAAUUAAGCUCUGAAGUUACUAAUUCUGUGAUAAUCGCUUUAAAAAUGAAAAAAUUCACAGUAUUUGAAUUUUAUGAAGGUUUUAUUAAUUUUUAUCAUGAGCAGUAAAUUCAAAAACAAAGAGAACUUGGUAAAGUAUCAAAUUACGAGAGUUUCUCAUGUGACAUUUUUCAAUUCUCUUAUUCGUUAGCCAUUGAUAUGACUUUGAGAGAGUUAUCAUAAAUUGGUUAUAAACCACAAGGUAGGCUUGAUCUAAAAAGUAAUUAUAAAAUUGAAUAAGUUAUUGAUGAUUGGUUGAAUUAAUAUUUUGAUAUGGAAGAUGAUUAUAAGAAAUUAAUUCGAAGUUGCAUCUUAUUAAGUGCUAAAGGAACUACAUUUUCAUUUACACACAAAUCAAUUUAAGAGUUCUAUGUUGCAAAGUAUAUUUUUGAUCUUUUAACAUCUUUGGAUAAUUUUGAUGUUAAUAUCUAAGAAGAAAGGAAAGUUGAAUUAUCUAAAAAUCAAAAGAUUUUGAUUAAAUCUGUUUUUAAUGAUCCUUUAUUCAACAUUUCCACAGAUAACUUUAGGGGUGUAAUCAAUUUUAUUAAAGAAAAAUUAAUCAAUGUUCAAAACAUGAACUUAUAAUUGAUUGAAAUAGUAAAACUUUCUAGGAAUAAAGUUUAUUGUAGAGCAGCAUCAAAUAGCAUGUAUUUAUUAAGUUAAAUGAAUGUCUAUUUGGGAUCACAAGAUUUUAACAGAAUCGAAUUGGAAAAUACAAACAUUUCUGGGCUAAGUUUAUUCGAUUGUGAUUUAAGUUAAUCGAUAUUUAAAAAUGUUGAAAUUAAUUCAUGCAAUCUAAAUUUUGCUAACUUGUCAAACGCAUAAUGGUUAAAUGUAAUUUGUAAAGAAAAACCCUUUUUAAAAGGCUAUAAUAGUGGAGUUUUAGAAGUUCAAUUUUCUCCUGAUGGGUAGUAUAUCGCAUCAGUAGGUACAGAAAAUCAAAUUAAAUUAUGGAAUGCAGAAACUUAUCGAUUUAUUUAAGACUUAGAAGGACAUACAGCCAAAAUUAAUACUCUAUAUUUUUCAUCAGAUUCUUCAAUACUAUUUUCAGGAAGUGAUGACCGCACUAUUAGAAAAUGGAAUAUAAAGAAUCCUCUAAAAAGUGAAAUUGUGGAUGAAAUGAAAAACAAAGUCAUAAAAGUAUAAAUUUCUCAGGAUUCAAAAAGGUUAUAUUCUUAAGAUGGAGAUGGAAAUUUCCAAAUCUUAGAUUUAUUAAAGGAUGGUCAAAGUGAAGAAUGUAUUUUCAAUCUCAAUAAUGCGUUAAUCACAUAAUUUGCAUUGCAUCCAACUGAACCAAUGGUUGCAGUUAUAAAACAAAACAAAUAAGUUGAUUUAAUUAACUACAUAACGAAUGAUUAAACGUCGCUUGAACCUGUUAUUGAUUCAAAUUAGAUUAGAAUAAUGGAUUUUACAUUUAGUCAUGAUGGGAUUUAUUUUGCAAUAACUACUAGUAGUAAAGCAAUUGUUUGGAAUAUAUAAGAGAAUACUAAAAAAGAAUUAAUAAUAAUUAACUUCAAUUAAAAUAUUAAAGUAUAUUCAAUUAUAUUUGGAUAAGAUAAUAAAUAAAUAAUUUUUGGGGCACAAGAAUUUUUGUUUUCAAGAGAACUAAUCUAGAAUGAGAAUUAAAGUUAAAUAGAAAAGGAUUAAUGUUUUGAAAUUUAACUAUCGCCUUAAGGUAAUAUAGCUGCAGUGGUUUAUGAAAAGAAACUAAAUAUAAUUGAACCAACUUCAGGAUCAUAGGUUAAUUCAAUUAAUUUUGAUCUUCAACCAAAUCAGUUACAAUUUUCUAAAGAUGGCUUUAAAUUGGCUUUUUUCUUAAAAGCUGAAUAAGUAGUCAAAUAAUUCAUUAUUUUGGAAGUUUCAACUCUUAAAACGAUAUGUUUAAUCUUUUGGGAUUCAAAUUAUUGGAUUAGUUACAUAUUAUCAAAUAAUUUUGAAAAAUUAUAUAUUUCAUAUGACAACAGUUCAAAGGUUUUAAUAAAUAAUCUUAAAUAGGAUUAAAAGUUAAAGCCUAGUUUCUAAAGAAUACUAAAAUUAAAUACAUAGAAAAUUCAGAAGGAAUUAGAGAUUAGAAAAUUUAGUUUAAGUGUUGAUCACUUUUAUGUUAAACCAUAAAGUUGGAUUGUAGCUUACGUUACAUCAGAGAACUAGUCUAUUAAAAUUUAUGAUUUGGAUAAAAAUUAAUAAAUUCAAGAAUCACUCGAAAACCAAAAGAAAGAAGUGAAGGCUGUUUAGUUUUCAUCAACUAAAAAUGAACUUGCCGUUGGAUAUUAAGAUGAAUUACUAUUUUGGAAUUUAGACUCUAAACCUUUUAAUGUGUAAAAAAGAAUUAAUUUUGGUGAUUUAAUAAUUAAAUCCAUAAAUUAUUCCAGAGAUGGCUCAUAAUUUGUGUUGGUAUUUCAAAGUUAGUUCAAAAUCUAUGAUGUAGAACAUAAUCUACUAAGAGUUGAAGAAUCUAAAGAAGAAGCAUACGUCUCAUUUUCAUAAGAUAAUAAUUUUAUAGGGUUUUGCCUCAAUCAUAAUCAAAAUAUUGUCGUUUAAAACAAAAAUCAGAAUUAUGGAUAAACAUUGUUAAAAGGUCAUAGGAACGAUAAAAUCAAAUUCAUGUUCACUCAUGAUUAAAAAUCUAUAAUCUCUGGAAGUCCUGGCGAACUUAUUUUAUGGGAUCUAAAUACUUUUUAGAUAAUUGAAAAAAAGAACACUUAUUUAAAAGAUUUUGAAUAGAUAACUUUUUCUGAGAAUACUGAUUUAGUUGCUUUAUUUCAAAGGAAUGUUGUAGAAUUAUGGAAACGUUCUGAUAUUACAUUAAAGUUUAUUGGAUCUUAAGUGUUUGAAUUUCCAAUUAAGUAGUUUAGUUUUAUUAAUGAUGAUAAACAAAUUAUUAUGUUAAAUGCAAAUUCAGAAUUAUUGGUUUGUAAUUUAGAUUGCUUUUAAUUGGAAUAAACAUUUGAAUAGAAAUUUGAUUGUGGUGCAAUAUCUUCCAAUGAUAUGAUUGCUUUAUCAUAAAACCUAGAGGUAAAUAUAUUUAGCAAUGAAUUCGAAGAAUGCAAUUUUUCUUUUAAAGUAAGCUAAAAUACAAAAUCUUUAAAAUUUCUCAAUGCUAAAUAAAAUGUUUUAUUGUAAUGUGAUGAUUAAAUGAUUAAAAUUUGGGAUUGUGAAAAAGGAUAAUAGAUAUCUGGAAUAAAGAUUAAUGAAAAGGCUAUGCCUUAAUUGUAUUUAUAGAAUGAAAUAUUAAUUUUGUAAGGUGAAAACUAUGUAAGAAUAUGGAAACUCAGUGAUCUACACAACAUUAAACUUUGCGGCUAUCAUGAAGGAAUUAGUUCAUUCUCUAUUUAAGAAGAUGAAUAACUUGGAGCAGGGAUUAAAGAUGGACAGUAUAUUAAUAUCAAAGAUAUAUUCAAUAUUUUAUUUGCAUUUCCAAUCAAUUAAGAUCAGUACAUUAAACAAUUGCUCAUGUCCAUUAAAUCGUAAUUCCUUAUUAUUUUAUCCUAUUCAAGAAAGCUCUCUCUAUUAUAAUUAGAUACUAAAGAAAUGGUUCCAUUUAAUGGAGACGUCAAUGCUGUAGCAUUAUGCUAAGAAAACAAUUUUAUUAUUGUGUAAGCAGAAUCAAAAAUUUUAUUGAUUGAAUACUCUAAUGGUAGCUUAAAUAUUAUUGACACUUUUGAUUUAUAGAAUAAAAUUUCUGAUUGCUUUAUUAAAUUUACAAACAGUGGGUAUGAUUUCUCGUUAAGCUCAUAUUAUAUGAUUAGAAUAUUUUCAAUUACAAAAAAUCAAAAAAUUAUAUGCAAAGGAAUGCAAUAUCAGUUAGAGAAGAAUUAUGCAAUUAAAGAUCCUUAUAUAAAAUAAGCUUAAAUAUUUUAAAGAUAGGGAGUAUCUAACAAAUAAUUACUUCUAGCCAUUUUAGAUCAGGAGAAAAAAACAUUUCGAAUUAUUGACACCUAAAAGUCAAAAUAAAUUGUAUUGAUAAGGAGUAAAUUAUAUUACAAUUGUUUCUAAUUAAGCUUUGAUGAAGAAUUAAUUUGCUUUGUUAAUGAUUAUGUGUAAAUGUCUAUUUUGGAGAAUAACAAUUUUGUAAUAAAAUAAAUAGAAAAUUUAAAGAUUGAAGGAUUCUCUAGAUCUUAUUUGAAAGCAGUUGGAAAAGAUUCAUUUGUGUUUGUUAAUAAUAAAAACUAAAUCAUGCUAUUCUCAACAUCAUAAUCUUCUAAAACUCUGAUUGGAACAACUAAGAAAGACAUCAAUUGCAUGACAUAUCUGCCUUAUUAAGAAUGGUUAGCAAUAAGUACAGAAGAGAAUAAUAUUAUGUUUUGGGAUGUAAAAGCAAAAAAGAUUGUUGGAACUCUGAAAGGACAUUAAAAAAAAAUAAAUGCCAUCUCAGUCUCAUAGGACGGUAGUAUUCUAGCUUCAGCAAGUGAUGACAAACUAAUUAGGCUUUGGAAUAUAAAGUAAAAUGAGUCCUCGGAAGCUUAAAUAGCCCAUUAAUAUUCGAUAAGUGCACUCGCUAUUUCUCAAGACGGUUUUUUAUUAGCUUCGGGUAGCAUAAAAGGCGGAGAUGCUGAAGUGCCUAUUAUAAUGUGGGAUCUUAAGGAGAAGAGGCUUAUAACGUAAUUAAAAGGACAUAAGGAUUCUAUUACCUCCUUGUAAUUCUCUUAUUGCUCAAGAUAUUUGAUUUCAGGGUGCAUUGAUGGAACAAUAAUCUUUUGGAAUAUUGAAUAUCCAUAAGCAACCAAAAUGCUUUACAUCAUAGAUGAGUUCAACUUUCCUAUAAAUUCCCUUAGUUUUUCACCAAAAGAAUAAUUGUUUGCCUCUUUCUCUAAAGUUGAUAACCUAUAACAAUGGAAUUUCAAGUAAAUUGGGCAAUAUGAAAAAGACAAGCCUAUAAUUUUAAAUACUAAUUUAAAGUAAUAUUGUUUUUAUUAAUAAAAUGAAUUUAUUUAUAUUUAGUAAAAUAAGGAUUAGAUGACAAUCUUAAAUGUAGAAACUAAAAAAAAAUAAGUGUUAGAAUAAAAUUCAAAAGUUACUUAAAUAAUACCUUCACAAGAUGGUCGUUUAAUCUUAUGUUUGGAAGGCUAAGGAUUAUUAUAUAUUUGGUCAAAAGACAAGGAUAAUAAUUGGUUCAAAAAAUGGGUUUAUUUGUCAGAAUCAAAAUAUAUUUUACUAUCUCCAAAUAAUUAAUUUUUAUUUUAAGCUAAAGAUUGUACUACUUAAGAACAACCACUAUUUUCGGAUGCUGUUUCAAACAAUUUUAGAACAUUGCUUCAUGAUUUUUCAAAGCUUCAAAGUGUUGAAUAGAAGACAAACUAAAAAUUUGACUCAUCUGAAUAACGAGAGAUUGCUUUUUCGAUUGACUUAGCUCAAACAGCAAUAUUAAAAUCUUAAGAAGUUUAAAUAUUUGACACAAUUAAUUGGUAAUGCAUAUAUGAAUUCAAAGGAUCAUAAAAUUUUAAAUCCCCAUAAAUAUCUAGGGAUAAUAAAUAUUUAGCAUGUUAUUAAGAUAUUCAACAAAUAAGUAAAGAAAAAUACGAUAAUGUCAUUACUUUAUGGGAAAUUAAUAAUCCAGCUAUUAAGAAAUAACUAGAGGUUAAAGAUAAUAAAUUAAAAAUAUAUUAAUUUUCUGCUUAAGAUUCAAAUAGGAUAUUGGCUUUAUAUACUGAUGGAUCAGUUCGAGAAUGGAAUGUCACAACCCAAUUACAUAAAACUAUAGUGACUCUUCCUGAAACAGUUAAAAUUGAUCUUGUUCUAUUUUCUAUCAAUCUUAAAUUCUUAAUGUUUUAGAGUUAGUCAAACUCACAAUUAGAAUUAUGGAAUUUUCAAGCAAAUGAAAGUUCCUCUUUGUCUAUUGAAGAAGAAUUUUCUCUAAUUGCUUGUUCUGAAAAUGAAAAUAUAAUUGCUGUUGCUAUUAGAAAAGGAGUAAAGGUUUUUAAGGGAAAAUAAGUGUCUAUGAUCAACGUUUUUGAUGAUUUAAAUUUAUAUAAUGUUUCGUUCAUAUAGUUUUCACAUGAUGAUAAGUAAUUGCUAUUUUGCCAUGAUUGCACAAUAUACCUUUACUAAUUAGAGGAAACAUUAACAAGUAGAAUUCUUGGAUGUUGGAAUGUACAAUCUUUAAUUCUUAGCUGUGCCUUUAAUUCUAGGAAAUAAGAAAUUGCUCUAAAACUUAGUAAUUAGGUAUAUGUCUUAAAGCUGUAUCCAACUAUUCAUAAAAAUGAGUUAUAGGGUAUAGAAAAUUAAAAUUGUACUUGCUUUUCACCAGAUAGUAAAUAUUUGGCAAGCUUGACUCCUUCAUUGCAAAUUUUGGAGUUAUAAAAUCUUUAAAUGAUUCAUAACUUUGAAGAUUUUACUGGAGAAAUCAUUUAAUUUUAAUCAUCGGAAAUAUUAGUUAUUGCAAAUAGGAAUAAACUUUAGUUUUUAAGAAUCAAUAAAAUAGAGAAAAUUGUAAAAAUUAAAGAAAUUAAAUUUUAUAACAAAAUAAUUGAUAUGGCUAUCUACUCUAAUAAUUUAUUAAUUUAAGUUAAAGAUGAUUUCAAUAAAAUAAAAGUUGUAUUUAAUAAUAUUGAUAAGUUUGUAGAAAAUUUAUCUAAAGCAGUUUAUAAUUCAAAAGGUAAACCAUUUUUCUCAGGAAAUGGUAAUUAUUUUGCAUUAAGCAAUGAAAAUAUCAUUGAAAUAAUGAAUAUUAAAAAUAUCAAAUAAGAAAAAUGCAUAUAAUUAAACAGGUAAAUAAAUUAAGGUUAGAUAUUCUAUUCAAAUGAUGGCAACUUGAUAGUCGUUAUUUUUGACUAAACAAUUUAACUUUUUGAUUCUAUAAGUUUCAAAAAAGUUAAAGAAAUCAAAUUAGAUUUUCAAGUCAGCCAAUCUGAAUUUUCAUUAAAUCAAAAAUUUUUAGGCUUGAUGUGUUCAACAAGCGUGUAAAUUUAUGCUUUUUAUGACUAAAAAGAUCUUGUUCAAUUUUGGACUAUCAAAGGAGAGAAAAAUUAUAUAAGCUCUAUUGCUUUAUCUCCAAAAGGCGAUUUUCUAUUAACGGGAGGUUAAAAUUAAGUAGAUUUCAUAAAUUCAAUUGCGCUAUGGAAAGUCUAGCAAUCUUAAUAAAUUUGCUUGAAUGAUAAAAUAAACGAUGAAGUAAAAAUUCUUAAGUUUUGUCCAGACGGAAUUAAUUUUGUAGCAGGUCUUUCGGAUGGCUCAGUUAAUUUAUAUUCUAUUGAUGCUAAUUAAACAAAUUUUGUUAAAAAGUAGUGUUUUGAAUAGUUGAAAUUAAACGAGGAUAUCACUAAAUUAUAAAUAUUUUGUUAUAAAUCGUUUGCCAAAUAAUCCUUAUUGACUGCUCAAUAGUCCAUUUUAUCAAAGUCAAGCAUAAACUCAGAAAAUAAAUCUAUUAUAGAAUUGUUUCUCUAAAAAGGAGCUUGUUAAUGA